AUGGCCCCUGUGAAGCAGGAGAAGGGCGUCUCUUCUCCAGGUCCACAGGCAGUGGCCUCGAACAGUUUCAGUCAACUCAACCGCCCGCAGGAUCCUUCAGGGGCUUCGCCUUGUGCGUUUUUGAUAUCUGCCCUCCGCCCGCCAUCGCCAGCGCCUGCAAGGCUGAUUCCUUUGCAGCAGCAGAGCGGCGCUUCCUGCGAGUCCAUCAGUGCCCGUAACAGCCAUCCACCUCGCCUGCUUGCUGUCCUACUGGCGAUAUUCAAACCUCUGCUUCGGCUUGACUGCUUUUUAUUUUAUUUUUUCUUUUCUCUCCCUUUUUUUUUCCCGGUUGGUCAGGAAGUCUUGGCGUGUUUCCUCUCUUUCAACUUUCUUUUCGCUUUCGAAGACGAGGAAAAGACAGAAAAGACAAGCAGAAACAACCACCAGCCCAGCGAAGCCUGCGAGGACGACGAAGAAGAAGAAGAAGAGCGUCGUCGACUGUCUUCCUGUCUCGUCUGCGGUUUCUCAUGCUCUCGAUGGCUCUGCGUUAGUCGGAUCCCCCCCCGUCUGCCGUCCGCCCAUCCCCAUCGUGCUUCGUCACCCAACAGCAAAGGAAGGGAAAAAAAAAAAAAAAAGAAAGAAAAGAACCUGCCUCAAUUCUGCGCUGAUAUACACACACCCGUCGCCAUCAUGGGGAUUAUGAAGCGACUCACGAAGAGUGUGCCCGGCAUGCUUUCCCCUUCGCCGCUAGAUGGCAGUCUUACCAAUGAAAAGGGGACGAUAAUAUCGAGAUUCGCUUUUUUUAAACGCCGUAUACGACUACGGAGGAACUCUUCUAUUUCGAUCCCUCUGGGCCUUGUUUUACUAUUUCCAUGCAUUGUAAUAAUCCUUAUUGUCCUCCUCUUCGUUACUCAUCCUUCUUCUCCCGGUGGGAUGCUGAUGCCCACUGGUACUCCUCCUUCUAUACGAAAAAUCAGCGAGAAAUAUGAUAAAGUGUUUGAAGUAGGCUGCAGAGAAAUCGACACCAGCCAGCCUAGAGCAAACGCCGCCUUCGUCGUCCUAGCCAGAAACAAGGAGCUGGAGGGUGUAAUCCAGUCUAUGAAGUCGAUCGAGCGCCACUUCAACCGAUACUACAACUACCCGUAUGUAUUCUUGAACGAUGGAGACUUCGAUGAUAACUUCAAGGAUACCGUCACCAAUUACACCAAAUCCAGCGUGGAGUUUGGCAAGAUCGACUCGUCAAUGUGGGGAUACCCUGACUGGACCGAUGCUGAGGUAGCCAAAGAGGGUAUCCGCAAACAGGGAGACGCUGCUAUCAUGUACGGAGGAAUGGAGAGCUAUCACCACAUGUGUCGAUUCUACUCUGGUGACCCUUUCCUGGAGAUGGCUAAGAACAACAAGACGUAUGGCUUCACAAUUGCCGUCAAGGAACUUAAAGAGACCGUGCCGAAUAUCUUCCGCUAUGCGUCUGCCUACAAACGAACGAACAACAUCACUUCCCAAGGUUUAUGGGAAAUGUUUCUCGAGGACCCUGUCGAGGAGGAAAAACCGGCAGAAGAGAACAAUGCUCUCCCAGACGAGAUUCUACAGACCCAGCCCGGUGCUGCCGGCCUCAAAGACGUUGAUCCUGAAGCAAUGGAAGGCGAGACGUAUAAUAUGUGCCAUUUCUGGAGUAACUUCGAGAUCGCACGGUUGGAUUUCUUCCGUAGCAAGGCUUACGAAGACUUCUUCACGAUGAUGGAUAGGAGUGGUGGCUUUUGGAAUGAACGAGUGCUAACGAAACCCUUUCUUCAUCAGUGGGGAGAUGCGCCUAUCCACUCUCUUGCUGCCGGCGCACUUCUAUCUCCAGCCGACAUUCACUACUUCAGAGAUUUUGGAUAUCGUCACACCACCAUCCAGCACUGCCCCGCCAAUGCUCCAGCCAGACAACGCGUUCGAGAUCCAUAUCUCGAACAAACCACUCUGGACCCGAAGCUCCGCCAAGAAGAGGACGAAUACUGGGACUCUCCAGAUCCACCCAAGGAGAACGGCGUUGGCUGCCGAUGUCGCUGUGAUACCGACAUCGUCGACGUGGAAGGCAAGCAUGGCAGUUGUCUAGCGGAUUGGGUUAAAGUCGCAGGAGGAUGGGCGUCGCCGUAG